AUGGAAACCCUUCCUGAAGGUUACAGAAGAAACGUUGGUAUUUGUCUCAUCAACCCUUCUAAAAAGAUUUUUGCUGCUUCAAGACUUGAUAUACCUGAUGCCUGGCAAAUGCCUCAGGGUGGCAUUGAUGAAAAUGAAGAUCCAAGAAAUGCUGCCAUCAGGGAACUAAGAGAAGAAACAGGAGUUACAUCAGCAGAAAUUCUUGUUGAGGUUCCGUAUUGGUUGACUUAUGAUUUCCCACCAGAGGUCAGGGAAAAACUAAAUCACCAAUGGGGAUCAGACUGGAAAGGAAAGGAUGAAGAGAUAGAUCUUUUGGGUGAUGGAACUGAGAAGCCUGAGUUUGGAGAGUGGAAAUGGAUGUCACCGGAACAAGUAGUUGAUCUGGCAGUGGAUUUCAAGAGGCCUGUUUACAAAGAAGUUUUGACAGUUCUCUCCCCCCAUCUUGAAUAA